UUACGAUCUCUUGCUGCCUUUGGCAAUUCCAGUCAUAAAGGACCUUCUUAGCAGUACUUGUUGCUGCUACAAGAUUUCUCUUUUCUGGCUGUUCUUCGUGCAACGCGAGCAGCUUCCCUGCAAUUGAUGAACGUUGCUGCUCUGCAGCCUUCCCUAGCCGUAGCCGUAGCCACGCCAGCCGCUGCGUUUGGCGUGCACACGGAGAAUAUAAGUCAACUUCCACCGCGUCUUCGUCAUUCCGUUUCCAAAUGUCUCGUCCGAGUGCGAUGCGUAUGCCUGGCCUUGAAUCGGACCAGCAAGACCGAACCGUGAAGAGAAAACCUCAAAUCGACCUCAAGACCUCAAGCUCUGUAGGCGAUCAUUUGCCUCUCCUGCAGAAUUCAUGGCGCAGGGGUUUAACUACUAAACCCUUCCGCCUGACCUUACCGGAUCUCCUGCAAAACAACUCAACCUGGCCGAUUGAGAUAUUGGUCUGUGCGGACAACGACGACGCUAGAGUGAAAGAGCUGGUCAAGGAUGUGGCGAAAGGUAUCAAAAACGGCGCAACGCCCACACCCGUGGAAAGAGGGAGUGGAGGUGUCUACGUCUGCAGGAAUAAGUCCGGUGAUAGGGUUGCAGUUUUGAAGCCAGCUGAUGAGGAGCCAUUUGCACCCAACAACCCAAAAGGUUUUGUUGGGAAAACCAUCGGCCAGCCAGGUAUCAAAAACUCUGUGCGCAUCGGCGAGAUGAACUUCAGGGAGGUCGCUGCUUACCUUUUGGAUAACGAAAACUUCGCAAAUGUUCCUCCGACGGCGCUUGUGAAGAUCAUACACUCGGCGUUUCGUGUCAAUGAUGGCAGGAAGCCAAAACUUCUCAGAAAGAUUGCUUCGCUCCAGCAGUUCGUUCCCCACGAUUUCGAUGCCAGCGAGUAUGGAUCGUCCACCUUUCCCGUUGCGGCGGUACACAGAAUUGGGAUACUCGACGUCAGGAUCUUCAACACAGACAGGCAUGCUGGAAAUUUGCUGGUGAGGAAGGUCGAGGAUGGGGUUGGCAGGUUUGGAGAAAGAACACAACUUAUCCCCAUAGAUCAUGGUCUUUCCUUGCCAGAGGGCUUGGAGGAUCCCUAUUUCGAGUGGAUCAACUGGCCACAGGCAUCGAUUCCGUUUUCUGAGGAUGAGUUAGAGUAUAUAUCCGAUCUCGAUCCAGUGAAAGACUGUGAGAUGCUUCGGAGGGAGCUUCCGAUGAUUCGAGAAGCCUGCCUCCGAGUUCUGGUCUUGUGCACGAUUUUCCUCAAGCAAGCAGCAGCUUUUGGGCUCUGCCUAUCUGACAUCGGCGAGAUGAUGAGCAGAGACUUCAGCGUAUUGCAAGAAGGGCUGAUCAGUGAGUUUGAGGGCGUCUGUGUGAAGGCAUGGCGGCAAGCUACUGAUGGAGCGGCAUUUUUUUCUCCAAAAGCCACGGUCCAAGAGUUGGAAGAAGACUUCCAGUUUCACAUGGAAUAUAGUCCAGGUUUGUCAACGUUGGUGGAGGAUAGCCACGAGGAGAAUGAAGAAAGCACCACGGCAGAUGCGAAAGCACUCUCCUCUGAUGAGCAGGAUGACUUCCCAUUGGGUGCCAACUCUUCUGCACCUCCGAAGACCAACUGGUUCCGUGUAAAAAAACAGAGCAAGAAUGCUGUUAAUGGAAAGCCAAUCGAUGAGCACGAGGGGAACAGUGGCACAGAUAUAAGCGAUGUGAGGCUGGCUGACAUGGGUGGAGAAGAAUGGCAGGAUUUCCUCGAGCACUUCCAGGACCUGUUGCCGAUUGCUCUCGAUGCUCGCAAAACUUUGGCUGCUCAAAAGCAGAAGCCAAGGCUGGGCACCUCUUGCAAUUUUUGAGCAGGAGGUACACAACAGAACUCUGAUAUAUGUUAACAUGAACGACUCAGAUUUUUGAUGUAAAUAUUUUACUUUGGUCAGGAUUACAUAAAUGAGAAAAAAGUGAAUUAGACAUUAAUAUUUAUGUUAAGCCAGUGCUUGUGGAACCAUUUUGAUUAUGAAAAAUG